CCUCUCCCAAUACACUGCAUUCUCCUUUCCCCCUUCAAUUAUUAGCCGCCUCUUUUCCUGUUCCGGUGGAACAAAAAGGAAAAGGCCGUCUUUUGGUAUUUCAUGGUCCUCUCCUCCCUCUACUGCUCGGCAUAGCAGUCGGCGGCGUGGCGGAGGCUUCGAUUUGUCACCUCGCGGAAUCCAGAUGAGUUCGACUCUCCUCCGUUUCCCAUUGCUUUCUCGUUGUCUCACUCUCGGUGCCGUGAUCCGGAGUUAAGUCUGGGGAUAUGCCUCAUCGGAGUCGGUUUCUGAAAUCGGAAACUACAUUAGGUCAUGUUCAAGGCGGAACUCGUGCGAUGUUUUGCGUUGAUUUGAAGCAGAAGCUGCAGGAAACGUGGAUCUUCGUUGAGGUCCCUUUUCAGGCCUGAAAAUUGUGAAGAAUCGUAGGGUUUGUUUUUGUUUUUCCCUUUUUUGCGAGGAAAAAUGAAUGGCUGGUGGAAGCAUGAUUCCGGGAAUUUCUUACAGUGUGCUAGGUUUGCAAAGGAACAUGAACAGCCAUCAAGAGUCAGUGAUCCACCAGUCGAAGCAUGGUGAUCUUCCAAUGUCAGACAAUCACUUGCAAGGAUCUGAUCAUCGAGUAAGGGCUUCUUUCAUGGAUCACAGCAAAGGACAGCAUAACAAGGCCUCCUUGAGCGACGAUGAUGAACUGAGCUUCAAUGACAAUGCAGGUGAGAAAGGGAAGAAGGGGGGAUUGCCAUGGCACCGCAUGAAGUGGACCGAUAGGAUGGUUAGGCUUUUGAUAACUGCUGUUUCAUACAUCGGAGAAGAUUCUACUUCAAUAUUACAGAAAAAGGGGAAGUGGAAGGCAAUAUCGAAAGUCAUGGCGGAGAGAGUCUUGUAUGUUUCGCCUCAACAAUGCGAAGAUAAGUUCAAUGAUCUAAACAAAAGGUACAAGAGGCUCACUGAUAUUCUUGGCCGGGGCACAUCGUGCAAGGUUGUUGAGAAUCCAGCCUUGCUGAACGACAUGAAUAACCUCUCUGAAAAGAUGAAGGAAGAUGUGAGGAAGAUUUUGAGCUCGAAACAUCUUUUCUAUGAGGAGAUGUGCUCGUAUCAUAAUUGUAACCGGUUGAAUUUACCCGCUGACCCAGCACUCCAGCAUUCGCUUCAGUUGGCACUACAAAGUCGAGAUGAAGGUGAUCGAAAUGCUGAUAGUGAUGAGGAAGGUGACGCGGAAGACCAUAAUGCUGUGCAUUGUGACUUAUCAUGCUUUCGGAAAAGGAUGAAGCUUGGAGUGAAUCGUGAAGCAGCACUUUCUGGAGCUCCUUCAAGUUUACACAGUUGUGGCAGAAGCAGCCUCCAUUCUCAAGGUUUAGCAGUCGAUAUGAACCAGGUUUUUCCAAAUGGAUCUAAAUCCACACUAGUACAGCAACAAUGGGAUAAUUCUUGUUCACUUCAGCUUGAAGAGAAGCGGUUGCAGAUUCAAGCCGGGAUGUUGGAACUCGAGAAGCAGCGUUACAAGUGGCAAAGGUUUGUUAAGAAGAAAGACCGAGAAUUAAACAGGAUCAGGAUGGAAAAUGAACGAAUGAAACUUGAGAAUGAACAUAUGUCUCUUGAAUUAAGACAAAAGGAGAUAGAAAUGGAUCUUGCUUUGAAAAGAACCUAGUGAUUUUCAUUUGACACUUCGGGAUUUUGCACCAAUAAGAUAAGCAUAGGCGAUUCAAGUCAUUUACUUGUGGCCAAGUUUUGUGGGUAUUUUUGCUAGUAAAUGUACCGAUAGACUUGUUAUAAUACCGAAAGAUGUAUCUAGUGUUCGCCGACUAAUCCUUAUAAAUGAAGUAUCUUAUAACUCA